GCUAGGGGCCGUUCCUGGCGGCGGGCGCAAGAGGGAGCCCGUCCAAACUACCGCUCCCAGGGCCCGCUGCUACUUUCUUCCCCGUCCACUCCCGAGAUUUCCGCCGUGGUGAUGGAGGACGGCGGCAGUUGGCGAGUAAAGGGCAAUGGGGCCUCCUGACCUGGAGCACAGGCCGCAGAGCCGCGCUCGGGGCGGGAGGCUACCGUGACUCUUCCCCGGGAGGCCCGCCGGCAGAAACUUUCCGUUUGUCUGCGCUGCCUCGGCCGUACUUGCGUGAGGCACUGGGGAGCCGUGCGCCGGCAUGCUGCCCGCCUCCCUCGCGCGGGUGGGACAGGGCGGUGAGGGCCUGCGGGCCUCUCUCUGGAAGUGGCUGCUCGCCCGCCCCGGCCGCGCGCUGCUGGCCACCGGGCCGGGGCUGGGGCUCUGCCUGAGGCGGCGGCAGCAGCCCGCCCUGCUCUUCCGGGCCGCCCGACAGAGCGUGGGGACGCAUGCGGGCGGGCCGGGAGCGGAAAAACCCGGCGAGGAGAGCAAACGUGUGGCCGUGCAGAGGGGCCAGAAAGAUGAAACUCUGCUGUCGGCUGCGCAGAAAGUGAAAGAAGCUGGAAGAGACUUCACCUAUUUUAUUGUGGUGCUUGUGGGAAUCGGUGUUACAGGUGGUUUGUUCUAUGUGAUUUUUAAAGAGCUAUUCUCUUCUUCUAGUCCGAGUAAGAUCUAUGGAGAUGCAUUGGAGAAAUGUAGAUCUCACCCUGAGAUAAUCGGUGUUUUUGGUGAAUCUAUUAAAGGUUAUGGGGAGGCAACAAGAAGAGGAAGACGACAGCUUGUCAGUCAUAUUGAAUACGUGAAGGAUGGACUGAAACAUAUGCGUUUGAAGUUCUACAUCGAGGGCUCUGAAACAGGGAAGCGGGGAACAGCCCAUGUGGAAGUCAAAGAGAAUCCCGAGAGAGGAAGAUUUGAGGUCCGCUACAUAUUUGUGGAUGUUGACACCUAUCCUAGAAGAACCAUUGUCAUAGAAGACAACAGAUAACCAGUCAUCAAAGUUGCUGCCACAUCUCAUCGAGUACUGGAAGAUACUGGUGUAGCCAGUCUACACAUGAAUUGUUUGUUCUCAAUUGUAUGUUGUGGCUUUGGGGUUGUGUUGCAGGAAGUAGUCAUUUGGGGCCUCCGUGAGGGUCUUUCAUGGUAACAGACAGGAUUUGAAGUGAAGCCAAUGAAACAUAGUAGAGCCAUCACUUAAGAUAAAUACUUUUGACAUGGGAAAAUAUUGGCUCAUAAUAAACAGCUUAAUGCUGGAUAAUACUUCUGCACACACAAAAAAAGUGUCUUCCAAGAUUUUAGGUUGGGAUAGGGAGUUUUUUGUCUUCCUUUGCUUGGAUUUCACACUAUCACUGUAAUAAAGUGGUAUUUUAAGUGUGGACAAACUCACUGUUUUCAUUCUGGAUUCCUUUGUAGAUAUGAAGGUAAAAUAGGAAUUUAUGUUAGUUAUGCAAAGGAGAUCUAGCACAAAGGCAUGUAAAGAGAGGAAUAGUAGAGACAUGCACUCAUGACCAAUGACCAAAGACAAAGAUUUAGUUAUUGAUGUCUUCUAAAUAAACAGGACACAGAACAGCGAUGGUAUCUGCCCCUUCCAAUUUGUGCCAUGCUGCUUCACAGCAUUGUAGCUCAUCAGCACUAACCCACAGUAUUUCCAUUAACUAAAUCUUCUGGGAAUGAGAUUCACAGAGGUUUAUCCAAUAUAAAAAGCUCAACUUGUGACCAGAUUUCUCACAGUAUUUCUUCCACAGUGUAACAUGGCAGGAAGCAAGUAUUACCCUGUGUAUUAAUAAUCAGACUCAUUCAUGCUGAUCGGUCAAGCAGCACCAACCAAAAAACUUCAAGCUUUGGCUUCUUACCUUUAACCAUUUUCUUAAACACCAUCUAAUGCCUUCUUUCAGAGUUACCUAUCCAAAAUCAUGAGCUUUUUAGUUCACUAGUGAAUUAUCUCUCUUUUAAGCAUACAAUUAAGCAUUCAUUUCUCAGCCCAUAUUAUAAGUUCUAAAGUUGAUACAAUGCCAGAAAUACACAUAGACCUUCAGAAAUAUUUUAGUGGGCCAUCCCGUUCUCUCUCCCAGUAAUCUCAUUUGCUUAAUCAUAACAAACAUAAUAUUUUGUUAGACCUGGUGAACUUUGCUUUAUAAUUAUCACUGCAACCGUGACUUUAGUCAGAUCUUCAUACUGUGUGCAAGUCUUCAAUGAGGAGGAAUCGCACACUGAUCCCAGUUUUGUGAGCAGAGCAAAGUAACCACACGUUAUAGCAGAGCAGCCACCAAUAUCAGCCUGUGUUAAACUCUGCAAGGCAUUUAGUGCUUCUACACUUUAUACAACAUAACUGACUUCUGUGCAGCCCAAGGAGAUUUUUACAAAUCUCUGAAUAUCAGAUUGUCGGAGAGAUUUCAUAUCUGGUAGUUUCAACAAAGUUAUAAACUUGUCUGCUUUAUCCCUUGGUGGGUGCUUGUCAAGACUAAGUCCAGAGUUUUACAUAUAGUCAAAAGCAAUGGAAGUCGGUGUUGGUGGCUCCUUUUUAAGUAUGAUAUCAUCACCAUGAAUUACCUUUGAUAAACUUUUCUUUUUACUUACUGACAUCAUUAGUGUCUCUCUGGAAAGGUGUCUUUAAAUAAUGAGAGCAAUUGCCUCCCAUUGUUCUUCAGAUUUUUUUGAAAGCAAUGGAGUCAAUAACAAAUUUUGACUUAUGCUUGUGACUCUUCCCAGUUCUUUGCAACACACUUGCCAAAACUUUGUCAGAAGUUUUCAAGCCAAUGUCACUGAUUUAUAAGCUAGUAAAAGAGGAAAAAAGGAAAAUACCUGAGGCCCUGUCAUGGGUUUGUGUGAAACUGUUUCUGGUAAUGGUGAAGGGCUGUAAAGAUGGCUCCUGUAAGAAGUUGCUCAAAACUCCCCAGCUUUGAGCCAGACCCACUUCUGGGGAUGAGCCUAUUGGGCACCUCCACGAUCACUUUUUAAGAAAAAGAAGCCAGAAGAGGAGGAUUCUGGCUGUUUUUCCUGGUGGUCCUUUUUUUCUGGCUAGCGCUGGUGGAAGGAGUUGGAGGAGAGAGAAGCAACCAUACGGACCCCAUAGACAGCAAGGAAAGAGGAGAUGUGCUGGAGCAGAGACUCCCCUGCAUCCUGUGAAGAGAAGUGGUGAUGCAGAGAUUUGUUGGCAGUUCGUAGAGGACCCCACUCCAGGGGCAGUGACAGUGCCAAGAGGAGGCUGUGAAUUCAUGGGAGAGCAACGUUGCAGCAGAAGGUGCCCAGAAUGCUGCUGCCCACAGAGGAGUCUCAUGCUGGAGGAGUUUGUGAGCAGAAGCUGUAGCUGUUGGAAAGAACUCACACCAGAGAGACUCCUUAAGGACUCUGUCCUGUGGUAGGGACUCCACAUUGGAGCAGGGGAAGAAUUCAAGGAGUCCUCUGAGGAGAGAGAAGUGGCAGAGCCCAUCUAUGAGAGAUUGACCACAAUCCCCAUUCCCUACCACCCCGACCUACAUUGAGAGGGGAGGAGAUAGAGAUAAUGGGAGCAGUGAGCUGAGCCUGGGAAGAAAAGAGGAAUGGGGGAGGGAGAUCUUAAAUUGCUGCUUGUAAUUUUCUCAUCAUCCUACUCCUUUUUUUGCUUUUAUUCCUCUGUUUCUUGUGGGUA